UCGCGCGUGAGUCUGGAGAGGGCAUUAGAAAUGUGACGUAGUAAUAGUUACCAACAGAUAUUUCUAGAACAGGACAAAAAUAACUAAAACCAGCCUGUCAUCCCGGUGAUUCUGCAAAUGGCAGACGCAAUGGCCGCGAGCAGUGGCGGAGUUGAUUGGGCUACGAUUUUAAAACCGUUUUUGUCGUCAAAUUAUGAUUAUUCUAACAAAACAGAACUUUUAGAAUUAUGCUCUGCCGUAAUAAAAAGUGAAUCCGAGAUAUUGCGACAUAAAGAAGCGAACAAAAGCUUAUACAAUUCCUUCGCAGUAUUGGCCGCAGAUUAUAUCAGCAGCAACACCAACGGACGUAAGUGUUUUUUUGGGUUAGGUCAACAGAAAAAAUAGAUGAAACAUGGUAGUACGUAAGUAGGACGUCGGGGGGUCGAUCGCCCCCCGACACCCCACUAACCUUCUACUGGAAACGACAAGCAUUUCUAUCUUCUGGCUCAAAUACAAGUUGAAAAAUUUAUAAAUAAAAUGUUGAAUUGGCACCAGAACCUUUCAGCUAUUUUUUAUUGAUAGCUUUGUAGGAGUGCAAAAACCUUGGGUUGGGCAUGUGUAGAGGACGUUCACGUGCAUUUGUGUUUUUAUAGAUGCUCUAUGCAGCUGUAGUAUGAAAUAAAUAUAGGUCACUUUUAUUAAGUCAUUGAAACACUUGAUAGUCUAUCUAGGAGACCAGGUUGACAAUUUAUCUCCCUUAAAAUGGUGCUAUAGUUUAUAAAAUGCGGAGCAUCUAUAUCUGUAAGUCAACUGGAGACAGUCUCAGCAGCGAGUCGAGUACUCCUUCGCUACUUGCUGGGGGCACUUCGCUCCAUCUCUAAUUCAGCAGGUGACGACACAGAAGAACCUAAAGGUACUGAAGGAAACUGCACUGAAAGAGUUGAACGUCUAUUGAACGCUGUCCGGCGGUUGUGCGUGGGCGGGCCUCCAGGUCGUUUGGCGGCUGCAGAGGCAGCUAGGUUGGUGGAUGCAAUGAAGGGAGAGGGUACACAACAGCAUUCACCUGCUGUCAGCGAAAAAGACGUCAGUAACAAGCAAGAGGCGUCGAAAAACCGCUCAGAUCUCUCCGUGAGCAUAUUCGAACAGUUGACAUUACCCCUCAAAGAUGGACAUACGACAACCUCUUCAGAACAAGGCGCUAGUGGGUCCGCCAGUGCGCCUGAACCCUCGCCCAGUAGUGACCCCACUUCUGAAAUUAAUAAAUUGUUUUUGAAGGCCAACACGGAAAGUCUGCAAGCACUUAGAGCUGGUGAUACUUUAGUAGAUCUAUGUCUUAGUUUACCAACAAUAAAGAGAGCAAAGACCAAAGUAGAGGAAGCUUUAGCUGGAAAACCAUUUAGUAUACCUACCAAUCACACUGAGGCGACCGCCUUGAAAAAUGCACUACCAGCAACUGUAUCCGAGAUAAUCCUCGUCGCCUCUGCUUUAAACCUCCCAGUGCUGGAACCCUUAACUCCCAGCAAAUUGGACAAACUAUGCAGUCUAGCCACGGCUGCAUUAUACUGCGCCGUUGCACAAGCGGCAGCCGGUGCGGUGCUGUGCGCCUCGACGACGCCGGCCCCCAAGGGCCCCCCGGGGACACAGCAGGGUGCGGGUGGUGCUGGGGGCGUCGCCAAGGAAGAUGACGCAGAGGGCGGUGCAGUCACGCUGGUAGAGGAGGUGCUGGAGUUGUACGGGAACAUCGGCGCCACUAUCAAGGGGUCCACUAGGGCUGGAGGGCAUGUAUAUCAAAACUACCUUCUAGCUGGCGCCUGGGUGCUGAUUUCUGGCCUGCAGGCUCAUUUAGCAGCGACGACGUCAGCAACCAGUGAAAAACCGCCACAUUCUAGAGACAGAGAAGAGAAAGGCAGAAGCCCUUGUAAAGGUAGAGAAUCGCAAUCAGCAGGUAGUGGUAGAUCAGGGUUGCAGAAAUUUCAACAGUCAUUCGGUGUUCUGAGCGUUGCUCUGGCAACGAGGGCAUUAGGGUUGCUGUCGGAAUUAUUUGAAGAUCUCCAUUUGGAAGUUUGCGGAGGAGCCGCAAGUGUAGUGCAGGUGGAGCCGGCGCCACUAGCAAUAAUGGGUCAAUUUACAGCUCUCCAAAGGGUAGCCCGAAUUCUGAGCGCAGCGCCGUUAAAUCAUCUGUUGUUUUAUCUAGCUAUAGUCAGUUAUAGAAAAGCUUGCACCUUGAAAAGGUUGCAUCCGCCAGAAGGUGAUACCUUCAGUCAAUCUGACUCCACAACAUACUAUGAGGAUAUGAUCAUGUGCUCGGAUGAGGGAUCCACCGAUGAAGACGAUGACAGCGAGCCGAUAUUGGGUCAGUGGUUCGAGGAAACGCUGGCACCGCCAGAACCCGCCGAUUCGAAAACCCCGUCUAGUUCUGAGAAUGCAGAAACGAAGACUGCCCAAUCGGAGAGAGCCAGGUCGAUAGUACCAGAUAAAGGCGAGGCCCAUGGAUACAUCCUCCUGGCGACGAAUAUAUUCGUCUUUCUGAACAGGCAUUUUCUCAGCUCGAAAAGCGCUUAUAUUGUCAGAUACGUGAAAACCGGACUGACCGAGCAACAAAUGAUUAUUCUCUCCGCGAUCAUCAGGGAUUUGGAUAGGGAAACGGCGAGGUCAGAGCCGUGGACGGUCCCCGCGGAUGGCGGACAAGCAUUGGGCCAGUUAUAUUGUGAUUUUUCGGGGUCUCUCACCAGGUUUACUCAUAAUCUAAUCACAAACAACAACUUAAACAAUCUGCAGGCAUGCCUGUUGAAUCAUCUUGGAGUGUCGCCAUGGAACACUGAUGUACCACAUGCUUGGCCCUUGCAAGUCUAUCCCAGAACAUUGGCUGUGUUGGCGCAGGUGUUACUUUUAAGGCCACAAAAUGAAAAAGAAGCGUCUGUGAUAAGUAUUUGGCAUAGGUUGGUAAAUACAUUGAUAGAAAAUGUCCUGAACCCUCCAACGUCUUCGUCUACCGAUUCGGAAAAUGAAGACUUGAACGUGGAACAUGCCCAAGUCCUGUUGUACCUCUUCCACUCACUGAACUUGAUGCAGAAAAAAUCUGUAGUACUUCUGAUGGCUGGCGGUGUUCUUCGCUGCUCAGAAGUGGCUAGAGGUCCUUUGAAAGGCACACAACUACUGCACCUAUCCCGACUUUUACUUUUAUUCGACUAUAUAAUGAAACACCUAUAUGAUGCUCCCACGUCGCUCCUAGAGCAGAUACAGUGGAACUUGUUCUAUGCAACUAACUUGAAUACUAACAAAGAUGUUGCUGCGAAGUCCAUGACAAAGAUGUACACAGCUUGGCAAGAUAUCGAGGUGCACUAUAGAAAAAUUGCGGUUCCAGACGAGUUUGAAAUGAAACCAAGAUUUUAUGUACUGACCAACUUGGAAAUUAGCAACCAGGAUGCUCCGAAACUCGAUGGCUUGGCAUGCAAUUUCAUUUUGGGCACUCCAGAUAAGUUGAGGUAUCCUUUACUGCUGGAUGCCUUAAUAGAGAUUCUUAAUAUCACGCAUGUUACAUCCGGUACGUCAGCUUCUAAGAUGAGCUUCUUGGGAUUGUGUGCGGCACAGUACUGUUUUACAAUUUGCUGGAGGUUACUGCAACUACUACCCCCUUCAGCCCCUUACAUGGACCGACUGGCCGCCGGAGAAUGUCCUGCACCAGGACCGCUGCUUCUCCAUACACUUAUUUGGGGCCCCAGGACUGCCCAUAAAAACUUUAUAAGAUGGUUUAAAGAUUGCCUUGUGAAACAAGGUGUCUACACCCAACAUGCUGACAAAUUGCUUAAAGCUGCCGCAGAUGCUGUGUCAGAUCCUAAAUAUGACACUACCAAUGCAAAGAAUUGCAUAGUGGCCUUGACACCAGAUGUGAAGAAAGGUAUAGUUACAAAGGAAGACCUCCCACCUCUGUGGCACCUCGUCCUUUUGGACGCCCUUCUGGGCAAAGUUCAAGCCUCCACAGAGGAACCAGAAUCGGAAUCAUCUUCGUCCACCUCAUCCGAAACCACUGCCCUUAUUCAAGAUCUUUUACCUCACGUACUUCGCCUCACUCAAGCAAUUUUGCACUGUUCUCGUUGGGCGCUACUGCACAAUGUGGUGAUUCAAGGUGAAGGUGCUGAAAAGAUGUCUCUGCCAGACUUUGAAGGAUUGCAAGAUAUGCUUGCCAUAACAUCGACCAAGAAUCAACUGACGAAUACCUUAGCGCAGGAGCUCAGCAGUUGUCUACCAAGCACAGUGACUUCUGCCCUGAUGUAUUCCAAUGGACAAAUUUUGAAGGAAGUUACACUUGAACCUUUUCAAAACGACCUCAUACCAUCAGAGAGCUACAUAUUGAAAAUAAUAGACGCUCACAUUCCAACAAUGUCAAUGUGUAGCGUCAACAUGUCGUUGAAACGCCUCCUACAAUCUCUGAUUAAAUUUAUUUGUGAUCAUGCACCGAAAGCGGAAAACACGGACACAAAGAAUAAAGCUAUUGAAAUGUUGGUUUCUGUGACCUUGGACUCAAGGACAGAGUAUUUGCAUGAUACAGUUACAAAAACUUUAGAUAAAAUGAUAGGUGAUGCAGAGACAGACGAACAUCAGAAGAGGGUGUAUCUUAGAGUUUUGGAACACACCUACAGAUUGAUCAUAAACUGUACUUCACCAAGUCCAGGAAGCUAUGGCACACACAUAAACGAAAAAGUUCUUCACAACUGUCUUAAAUUCUACGAGAAAAUCAUAGAGAAAUCGUCUGGUAGACAAGCACUUGAAGCAUUCUUCACAGGUGAUAGGGAUCUGGUGAAGGUAUUGAUGUCAGUGUCAAGUCCUCAGAUGUCCCAACAGUACAGUACUAGGGUCUUGCAUUUCUUCAAUAAGUUGUUUCAAGCUGCAGAAAAAAGCUCUACGGACCCUAGCUUGAAUUAUCUGUGCUCCAGCAUGAGUAAACUAGCUAGUGUAGAUGGUGAAAAGCUUCAGACGUGGCUGAGACAAAUCAUAAUAGGUUCAAGUGUUAUUGACAACUCCCCAACAACUGUAACCCUAAGCAAGGAAGGUUCUCCGUCUUUAUCCAAUGGAAAAUGGACCAUCACAGCUGUGGAAAGUAAAAGUUCAGAUCAACCGUCUCCUCCAUCUAGUUCAACAGAUGAUCAAAGAUCACUAGUACAAGAAAACAGUCAAUUGCUGCAAGCCCUAACUGGGUUCAUUGUUAAACAGAAUAGCAAUGUCCAAGAAGAGGUUGCUGUAACGAUUUUGAGAGCGUUGAUAAAACUAGGGACGCAUCUAUUAUCUCCAUCACUGGAUGGCACAGGCUUUGCUGACCUUAUGGUUGUCAUGACAAUGUUAGCAGAUGCUGGUUCGGGAAAAGGUCACAGUUACUUGUUCCCUGCUACCUCCGAAUGGAUAGACCUCUGUAAUAAACGUAUUUCAAUCAAAGAAGUAAUCGGCAAAAUUAACAGUGAUCCUGAUUCUGUGAAGAACAAUACAAUGCUGGAAGCCGCAUCUUGUAUUUUAGAUUACGUCAGUGAUGUCGUUUGUGGGGCUACUUCUCAUUUAACUUCAAGGCCUCUGAGCCCUCCAUGGGAAAGUGAAUCUCCAUUGGAUGUCGAUUCUGAAUGGCAAGAUUUCGCAAACGACGAUGACGAUAGUGGAGAAGAUAGCGAUGAAGAUUCUCUUUGCAACAAGUUGUGUACCUUUACUGUAACACAGAAGGAAUUUAUGAACCAACACUGGUAUCACUGUCACACCUGUCGCAUGUUGGACGGCGUGGGCGUGUGCUCAGUCUGCGCCAAGGUGUGCCACAAGGGUCACGACCUCAGCUACGCGAAGUACGGCAACUUUUUCUGCGAUUGCGGCGCGAAAGAAGAUGGAUCUUGUCAAGCGUUGGUGAAGAGAAGCAAUCCUCAACAGCAUGAUCCAUCGGGCGGUUCCGAACGACAAACUAGCACCAUUGGUGGAUUUGGCAGUGAACAGGUGCUGGCUAGCUCGUUGAGGAGGCGGACAUCGUCGCCUAUGCCGACAGAUAAGAUCUAUUACAAGGAAAGGAAAGUUGGAAGCAUAGCAAAACAAUUAGAUGGUUCCAAAGAAUUUUUGAUAAAUUACCUAGGCUCUGGACAAGUAUCCUCGUCUCUAUUAGAUUUUGUUAAAACCUUGGUACCUGCAGUUGAAGAAACAUGUCGAAGAAAUUCACCAGUUGGUUGUAAUGCCAGAGGUGUCAAAGCAUUAGAACAAUUGUACUCAAAGGAAAAGAAGUAUGUUCAUACUGAUCAACUGAUGGUUCCGACACUAGGAUCCCAGGAAGGCGCUUUUGAGAACGUCAGAAUGAGCUAUGCCGGAGAACAAGGACAAACGAUCAGGCAACUGCUCUUGGCUCACAUAGUGAGACGAGUAGCGAUGUGCUGUAUGACCUCUACCCAAGGCAAAAGACAACACCUGGCUGUGUCACACGAAAAAGGCAAAAUCACCGUUCUACAGCUUUCCGCUCUAUUGAAACAGGCGGAUUCUUCCACCAGGAAACUGACUUUGACACGCCUGGCAACGGCUCCAAUACCAUUCACUGUACUUUCGAUGUCCAGCAAUUUGUGUAAUGAAGAUUACCUCGCUGUGUGCGGCCUGAAGGAUUGCCACGUCUUGACUUUCACAAGCGGAGGAUCCGUUUCGAAUCAUCUUGUAAUCCAUCCCCAGUUGGAAACUGGGAAUUUCAUCAUAAAAGCAGUAUGGCUCCCCGGUUCUCAGACCCAGCUGGCUCUGGUCACAGCAGAUUUUGUGAAGAUAUAUGACUUGGCAACAGAUGCAGUGAAUCCAGAGUACUACUUCUUAGUGCCAAGCGGGAAAAUCCGAGAUUGUACUUUUAUGUAUGAAGCUGGAACCUACCAUAUAUUGUUGAUGUCAUCCCCAGGACAUAUCUACACAGAGGUGCUUAAUGAGCAAAGUUCUACAAAGUUUGGAAGUUUUUAUGUAACCAAUACAUUGGAAGUCUUUCAUUUGGAAGUUGUGGACAUCAAUGGUCAAGUGGCCGGCGGCGGCGUAUCUAUUUACUACUCCCACACUCUCGGCCUGUUGUUCUACAGUUACGCCCAAGGCAAAUCUUUUGUCUCUCCAAUACUUCCAAAAAACAAUUGCCUACCUUUCGUCUUUCCCAUAAACCUGCCCACAAAUACUGGCGGCAGCGGAAACAGCUACAACACCACAAAAGGAAAUAGCGGCGCAAGGAUCCCACCAAACCAGCCGUUGUGCCAAUGGUCUGAGGUGCCAAACCAUCCCGGACUCGUCUAUUGUGCGAUGCAGUCUAGCAAUAAUCCCGUUGUGCUGUUUUUGAAACCAGACACCAUCAUGAUACAAGAAAUAAGGGUUGUGCCUUCUAAAUCGAAAAUCAUGGACAUGGUAGCCAUAAGACACGCUUCAGGUCACGAGAUGAGGACAACAUUGAUUCUGUUGUGCGAAGAUGGAAGCUUGAAGAUGUAUAUGGCAAACAUGGAUCAGACAGGCUACUGGAUGUCGCCAAGCAUCCAGCCCAGCACACCAAGCGCAUCUGUCAAACCUAAGAAGAAGAAAGUUGUUAAAGCAGGAAAGACCUCUAAUUCUUUAACCUUCCCGGUAGACUUUUUCGAGCACUGCGUCGCCAUGAACGAUGUGGAAAUAGGAGGAAAUGACUUGCUACAAAUCUAUAACCAAGCGCAGUUGAAACACCGACUUAACACAACUGGCCUUUACGUCGCCUGCAAUAAACCUCUCGGCUUCUCGGUUGAAGUAACAAACAACGAUUCUAACAUGGUUAUGACCGGCAUGCGAGUGCUUGUCGGCAGUCAAGAUGUUCAAAGAUGUCCGUCAUAUGUUGACGUGUUUGGAAGAAUAAUCCCCAUAACUGCAACAAGGAGCAGAUGGUACGACAUACCUUUUUCGAGGGAGGAGAGCCUGCAGAUGGACAAAAAACUAGCGAUUCUAUUCGGACCUUCCCAAGAUCCUGAGACGGUGACGAUGGUGGAUAGCAUCAGGAUAUAUGGAAAGACCAAGGAUUCAUUCGGUUGGCCAGAAGAGAACGAAGAGGCUGUUGUGCCUGGUACAAGUGGAACUUCACAACAGCUGGUUACAACUAGCGAGUCAGACCACGGUAGCGCAAGUGCAACUCAGUUGACCAAGAUUGAAAAAUUGGUCGUCAGUAUCCUGGAAUCGCUAGAUGGCACAUUCUCUUUAUACUCUACUGAAGAAAAGCUAGCUGCAUUCAAACCAAUUGCUCUGAAGGUAGCCACGCAAAUGAUCACUCUUCCUACACCACCAUCUAUCCAAGUGCACUCCAAAGCUUUGUUAUCGGCUUUGCAUUCUUCCAAGCAGCUGUACCACAACUACAAAGAUCAUGCUCUUCUACAACACGUUUUAAGUAGCCUUACAGCGAUGACGACAGCUGAUGCUGUGGAAUUAGACGCCGAGAAUUACUACAGACUCGUCUUGAUCGUCAGAGGUAUAGCGGUUGCAAGACCCCAGAAUCUGGUCAAGUUCGCCGACAGUCAGUGUUCUAUCCAAGACGUGGUUAUUGACGAUCCUUUGGAGGGUACCCCGCCAAACGCAAAAGAACUUAAGGAGCAGAAAGAAGUCAAGCCUAGAAACCAGCAUUUGCUGUUGCAGCUUAUGGAUGUUCUAUGGCUUCUGCAUUCGUUAAAUCCUGAAAUACCUGCUUUGGCGCCGGUUGUUGUCCAAGGUCUGAAGCAUACUGAACAAGUCGUCCAUGCUCUGGUAGAGAUUGUGCAUGCGUUUAACAGCUGUGAUACCUACAGUAACAUUACAAUUGGAGUUUAUUUGCAACUCCUCUUGUGCAAGGAUUCCAUGAUUGCUUUCAGCGCCAAGCAAGCUCUCAGUAAAGUCCUGAAGCCAAAGACAAAACGUAGGCGAGUAUUCAUCCCCAGUCCGCCUCAUUGUGUUUCACCACCACCUCCGACCAGAGACUCAGAGACACCAAAACACCUACCGCAAUCCUCGUCUAAUGUGGAAGAGCCUCACAGACAGAGGCAGAGCAGCAGAUAUGACGUGGAUGCCGCCGAAGCUAUCGGUCUGUUAGAGCAGCACCAAGAUCAAGAGGGAGGCAGAAAUGACAUGAACCCCUUGGAAGCACUUUUAGGUGGAGCUGUCGGCUUUCCUCCGCUACUUGACAUCCCCAUACCUCCAGAUGCGGAUGACGACACCAUGGUGGAGCUUGCUAUAGCUUUGAGCCUACAGGAACACGAAAUCGGCGAGAACGACCAAGCUGGCGUGCAAGCCUUACAAGGCCUCCAAGCGCAACUUAAUCAACAGGCAGCUGCAGCUGCCUCGUCGUCUGCGCGCUCGUCCGCCGCCGUAGCCGCUCACCAGGAGGCGGCUAACCUGAGCGACACUACAGCCUCGGCAGCCGGGUCCGACGAAGACGAGGGCUCCACGGCGGCCACCGAUGGCUCCACGCUGCGCACCAGCCCUGCGGAACAGGCUGGCAGUGCGGCAGGGUCGGAUAGCGGUGGCAGUGGUGUUGAGAGUAUAGUAGGGGAGCAUAACGUGUCUGGAAGGUCAUCCGCCUACGGAGAUAACGUUCAAGAGGCUAUGGGCAGUUUGGUGUCUAGAUCUGACACCGGAAGCACGGCAAACACCGCAGCCGGUGCCAUCAAUCCAAUCGACAUCGAUCCCUCAGCCGUCGAAGACCCAGAUGAAACUGAAAGCGGAGGUGGCAGACUACACGUCCUCCGACUACAACUACUUGACAAACUGAUCGAGUACCUGCCCAGACUGACGAACGUUGAAGGUGUGAGAGCGAUCCCUUUCUUACAGGUGGUGCUCCAGCUGACAACAGAUCUAGACGGUAACUGCGAAAAGGAUAGAGCUUGCUUGGAUUCGCUUUUAGUAGCCAUCGUAGAUUCGUUGGAGUUGGACAAGCCUGAUGUGGAGGAGGUGUGCACCAGAACGAAAAAGAGGGAAGUGCAACUGAUUCUGAUGAGGUUAUUAAGUGUUUUCAUGCAGAGGUGCAAGACUUCCACACCGUCGUCGUCAAGUAAGGUGCCUGCUACUGAUAAUUCCACAUUUGUAUCUCGUACAACCGCUACUGCUUUACACAAAGCUGGAAUCAUAAACUAUUGUAACAAGUUGCUCGUAGCACUGCACUCGUAUUGGCGUAAUUUGCCCGAGGAGGAGAGUUCCACUGGUGUUUCUGGAAACCUCUUGAAGGAACAUCCUGCCCACCCACCUCCAGACAUGACACCAUUCUUCCAACGCCAGUACGUCAAAGACAACCAGGACGUCUUCCUGACGUACCCUCAACUGCUGACAGAAAUAGCCCUUCGACUGCCCUACCAAGUACACAGACAUUCUGAAGUAUCAGAAUCGAUCAGCAAAGCCUUUGAUGUAUCUUGGUACAACCUACUCUGCGAUUAUAUGAUGACGCCGCAAACACCGUUUGUCAGAAGACAAGUGAGGAAGCUACUUAUGUUCAUCUGUGGCAACAAGGAGACAUACAGGCAGCUGAGAGAUCUUCACGGCCUUAGGAUGCAUAUGAAGGGUGUCAAAGAAUGCUGUGAUAAGGGCGGAUAUCAACCGAUGAUAGAUGUACAACACGCCCUCAGUCUCCCUUACGACUCACUGGUUGAGUUGAUCGAACAUCUCAAGUACUGCGUUGAGGUAGCGCAAAGUCGCACUGGAAAUUGGCAGAGAUUCUGCAUAAAGGAAGACGAUGUGAUACAGUUUUUGUUACGCGUGAGCUUUUUGCUUGACGACGGUGUCGCUCCUACGAUCUUACAGCUGUUGCAGUGUGCUUUGGUAGUUAAUUCUGCAACUGCUAAGAAAGCUGAAACGAGUAAAGCUAGCACUUCGAGGAAAGACAGGGAAAAGUCGGACGACUCUGCUAUCGAAGCACUUUUUGAAGAAACCAGUUGUAUCACUCUUGUAGAGCAGAUCAAUAAGCAAGUUUCCAGGGAAGUGUUCGCGCGAUUCAUAAAAACAUUUAUGCUGGAAACCAACACAACUUCUGUACGCUGGCAAUCGCAUGCGUUAGUACAAGCUAUCUACAAAAACUCGAAGCCCAGCGAACAAGAAUCUUUGAUGGAGCUUCUAUGGCAACUGUGGCCUAUGCUACCAGCAUAUGGAAAGAAAGCUGCCCAAUUCGUAGACCUACUUGGAUACUUCUCGCUCAAGUACACUGAAAAACCCGAAGGUGCUCCGAUGAUCCCAGAGUAUGUUGAAAGAGCAGUCAGUGUGCUUAGAGCCCAGAAUGAGCUAUUAGCUCACCAUCCUAAUGCUAACCUUUACGCCCAUAUGAGCCAGUUUGUCGAGCUUGAUGGGUACUAUUUGGAAUCGGAGCCUUGUUUGGUAUGCAACAAUCCAGAAGUACCUUUUUCGAAUAUAAAAUUGAGCUCCAUCAAGGUGGACUCGAAAUUUACCACCACGACUCAAAUUGUUAAAUUAUUGUCUAGUCAUACAAUUAGCAAGAUAACUUUGAAGAUUGGCGACCUAAAAAGAACGAAAAUGGUGAGAACGAUAAAUAUCUACUAUAACAAUAGACCCGUACAAGCUGUAGUCGAACUAAAGAACAAGCCAGCAUUAUGGCACAAAGCGAAAAAGGUCACAAUGCAAUCAGGUCAAACUGAGGUUAAAAUCGAAUUUCCGUUGCCUAUAGUUGCUUGUAACCUCAUGAUCGAAUACGCUGAUUUUUACGAAAAUAUUCAAGCCUCUUCUGAAACUCUGCAAUGUCCAAGAUGUAGCGCUUCAGUACCAGCCAAUCCUGGAGUAUGCGCGAACUGUGGAGAGAAUGUGUUCCAAUGUCACAAAUGCAGAGCAAUCAACUAUGAUGAAAAGGAUCCUUUCUUGUGUCAUGCCUGUGGCUUUUGCAAAUACGCUAAGUUUGACUUCAGCCUCCUCGCUAGACCGUGCUGUGCUGUGGAGCCCAUUGAAAAUGAUGAAGAUCGAAAAAAGACCGUAGCUAACAUCAAUUCUUUAUUAGAAAAAGCAGAUAGGGUGUAUAAGCAGCUGAUUUCUAACAAACCUACCCUUGAAACCUUGGUAUUGAAAAUCACAGAGCACAGAUCUGACAAAAAGGCAGAUGAACCAAGUACGUCAGGUAAUAAUGCUGCAAAUGCAGUCUCUUCAUCUGGUACGCAGGGUAAAGUCAAUAAGACGAUUCAGAUGUUGGCACAGCAGUACUGCAAUGAAUGUAAGACGUCGUUUGAGGAGCUAAGUAAGAUCAUCCAAAAAGUCCUGGUGUCAAGAAAGGAACUCGUGGCAUAUGACCGAAAGCACAGGGACACUGAAUUCCCGAAAUCUACUCCAGUGCUGAGUGAUGCGUCGAUGAGUCUCGCUAGACCGAAUCACAGAUGUUACGGUUGCUCUACAGCCGCUACUGAACAUUGCCUGACGCUGCUCAGAGCCUUGGCACAUAACCCUACGACGAGGCAGGUUCUUUGUUCCGAAGGACUGAUCCAGGAGCUGGUUUGGAAUAACUUGAGGAAAGGUAACGUUCAUAAUCAAGAAGAGGUUAGGCAACUAUUGUGCGUGCUGACUAAAGACAAUCCGACAGCUACUGAAGAACUGUGUAACUUGCUCAUGGAGAAGAUAACCACGAGCCUAAAUGGACAUGUUAACAGUCCGGAUUUGGGGACCAGCGUCCGUCACGAAAUAGCACUGCUUGCCGCCAUGGUCCAAAAAGAAGAUGAGUGCUGGGAGCUGAAACUACGCUGCAUGAUGCACUUAUUCCUCAAAGCUUGUGAAGACUCCAAGAGCCCGUUAGUGAUGGAAUCGGUUGUGCUGCCUUGCUUGAAGAUUCUGCAGGGCUUGAUGAAACCCAGCACGCCAGCCAGUGAGAGCACCGCCAAGAAAGUCAAGGAAAAGAUGAACAUCAACACGGCGGGCACCAGUGCCAAGUUGCAGUUGACUGGAACUACCGUAGACGUUUUCAAAUUCCUAGAUAAGGACCCCCAACACACUUUUGCUGGAUGGAGGAAAAGAAUGCCAAGGAGUAUUGAAAGCCCAACGCCUACUCCACUUUCAAAGAAAGAGGCAAGGAAUUACUAUUUACAAGAAAAAUAUGGAAAGAAGUGGCGAAGGUUAGCCAAGAAAACAUAUGUUAAAGAGAAACUGCAAUUGAGCGACACUUCUUGGCUGAAAGCUGUCAUUUUCAAUCCAAGUUCACGAUUGGCUAGGCAAGUGGCUUGUAACAUCAUUGAGCUGAUGUGUAGCAGCUUCGAACGUAAACGAGAGAUUCUCAACCUGUUGACGCACUUCUUGACCGAGUUGAGUAUAGCGGGCGAAAGCUCUGCCGAAUUCCUCUCUCUAUAUCAAAACCUCAUCCAAGAGGUUCCUUGGAAGCAGUAUCUCACAGUCCACGGAGUUUUGCAAAUUCUAGCGAACUUGGUAACAGUGGAGAUAGAACAAUUACACUAUCUCGAAGAAACGACGCUUACUUCCGAUUUAGCCCAAGGUUAUGCGCUCAAUCAGCUUACUGACCUUCUGGCUUCAUUCUUGGAAGAUCCUUGUAUUCGUAGGCAACACAAGAGCAGGCUUGUUGGUGCUGUCUUAGAUGGAUACUUGUCAUUGAGACGACUGGUUGUCCAAAGAACCAGGCUCAUCGAUGAUACGCAGGAAAGACUUUUGGGACUUCUAGAGGAAAUGACCACUGGUACUGAAGAAGAAACCAAAGCAUUCAUGGCCGUCUGUAUCCGAACAGUCGAGAAAUAUAGUCUCCAAGAUAUUCUCACACCGGUGUUCAUUUUCGAACGUCUUUGUUCGAUAAUCUACCCAGAAGAGAACGACGUCGGUGAAUUCUUCUUGACACUGGAGAAGGAUCCCCAACAGGAAGACUUCUUGCAAGGUCGCAUGCUUGGUAACCCGUACUCCAGUUUGGAAGUAGGUCUCGGACCAUUGAUGAGAGACGUCAAGAACAAAAUCUGUCAGGAUUGCGAACUAGUAGCUCUCCUAGAGGACGACAACGGCAUGGAGCUGCUGGUCAACAACAAAAUAAUGAGCUUAGAUUUACCUGUGAAGGAUGUGUACAAGAAAGUAUGGUUAGCUGAAGGUGGUGAUCAUGAGGCGAUGAAGGUUGUAUAUAGGAUGAGAGGACUGUUAGGUGAUGCCACUGAAGAAUUUGUAGAAACGUUGAAUAACAAAUCACAAAGUGCUGUAGAUAAUGAGGAGGUGUAUAAAAUGGCGAAUGUUUUAGCCGAUUGCGGAGGGCUUGAGGUUAUGGUGACAAGAUUAGGAGCAAUACAAAGUGUAGUGAGAGCUCGACCUUUGUUACAAGUGCUAUUGAAACUAUUUAGGUUAUGUGUUAAGGUGAACCGCUGUCAAGAGGUACUGAUAAAGCCUGAAGUAGGAGCAAUGGAAGUAUUUUUGAGAACGCUCAAACUUUGUUUGGACAGCGAGUCCGAUUCUAGUCAAGCUGCUGUUACUGAACAACUUCUAGAUAUAAUGGAAACUAUUCUUUCAAAAGCAACUAGUGAAUCACUUGAAAACUUCGAACAGUUUUCUCAAACCUUUGGAAGUCCUGAAUAUGUCAGAUCACUGCUUACAUGCACUAGUCAGUCAUCAGUAAAAAAUAACACCUCUGUUAUGGUACAUCUCACCCGUGUCCUCGCCGCGCUAGUCUAUGGAAAUCAAGAGAAAAUGAAAAUACUAUUAGACCACUUCAUGCCGGUCUUAGAUUUCAAUAGAUACGAUCUGGAGCACACUUCAGACGACCAACAAAAACUAGAAAUGUUCUGCAUACUGACCAACGGUAUAGAGAAGAAUGCGAUAGGUAGCACCUUGAAAGAUUACAUUAUAUCUCUGGGGAUAGUAAAGAAUGCCCUAGAUUAUAUCACAUGUCACGCACCAUGCGUGAAGCCCACUCUACUGCGAACUGACAGCGAUGAGCUGAAGGAUUUCAUCUCGAAACCGGCGUUGAAGUAUAUUCUCCGUAUGUUGACUGGCCUGGCGCACAGUCAUGAAAAUACACAACGUGCCAUUGCAGAGGCUGACACCAUACCAAUCAUACAUCGGCUUGAGCAGGUGUCUUCCGAUGAGCAUGUAGGCUCUCUGGCCGAAAACCUACUAGAGGCACUGUGCACUAACGAAGAAGUAGCAGGAAAGAUCGACGCUGUCAGAGAAUUCACCAGGUCAGAGAAAAAGCGAUUGGCUAUGGCUAUGCGAGAGAAGCAACUUGGACAACUGGGAAUGAGGACUAACGACAAGGGGCAGGUUACAGCAAAAUCGACUAUUCUCCAACAGAUCGAAGAGCUGGGCGAGGAAUCAGGCCUGGUGUGCUGUAUAUGUCGCGAAGGGUACAAGUAUCAGCCUACAAAGGUGCUGGGCAUCUACACAUUCACCAAGCGGUGCAACGUGGAAGAGUUCGAGUCGAAGGCACGCAAGACGAUCGGAUACACGACAGUCAGUCACUUCAACGUGGUGCACGUGGAUUGCCACAUGAGCGCUGUGCGGCUAGCUCGAGCAAGGGACGAGUGGGAAUCGGCUGCGUUGCAAAACGCUAACACAAAGUGCAACGGGUUGCUGCCACUCUGGGGGCCACCGGUGCCCGAGUCUGCCUUUGCCAGCUGUCUGGCUAGACACAACACCUAUUUACAGGAAAGUACCAACCAUAGAGACAUCGGCCAUUCUUCAACCGUACACGACAUAAAAUUGUUGCUGUUACGAUUCGCCCAAGAGAAAUCUUUCCACGAAGACACUGGCGGCGGCGGUCCACAGAGCAACAUGCACCUUAUUCCUUAUUUGAUCCACGUGGCGUUGUAUGUCAUCAACACGACACGUGUCAACGGAAGAGAGGAGGCUAGCUUGGUCUCCUACUUGAACAGUACGGAGAGAUGGGUGGAGUCAUCGUAUGAAGCCGAGGGGCCCCUCUAUUGGCUCACCAUGUCGGUACUGCUGCAUUCAUCUCAGAAAUGGCGGACAUACCGAGUAAUACACCUGCAACGGUUGAUAGUUCUAGGACACGCUAGGGCAGUGGGAUCUUUCGAAGACAAAAAGGAGAGGCAGUAUUCGGUGUAUAAGCCUUACCUGGUCUUCUUUGGGCUGAUCAAUGGGAUGUACGAAUAUUUCUUUAAGAAUAUAUCAGGACCAGAUGAUCUGUGGCCUAGCAACCUUGCUGAUUAUAUUAGGCAUAAUGAUGAGGCUUUAAUAAAAUCAUCCGAGAAGCUGCUUGCGGCAUAUACUGAUGAACUAUUACCAUGUACUUCCUUUGCUGAAUUCUGUGAUGUAUCAGGUUUGUUGGACGAAAUAGAAAAUCCGGAAACCUACAUAGCUGACACCUUGAAGUCAAUGUAAAAAAUCUGAAUGGGAAGAGUAUGAACAAAGGCUGUAUAUUUGAAUUUUAUUAUUCGCUCGCUUCUAAGGUUAUAACCAAUAGGUAGUAAUAAUAAUUAUUUGCUUUGUUGAUGGAUUAUUUCGAUUACUAAAUUAUUGUAACUCUUGUAGACAAAUAAAAGAGUUGGAAAAAUUU